AUGAGCUCUCGGACACUUUCUUUGGCUGUGGAGGAGCAGCUUCGUAGCCUCUGUCUGAAGGACUUUCCAUGUGGGCAUGGCUGUUGGGUGAGUCCACAAGCCAUUUAUGUAUGAAGCUUUUUUGGCAACACAUCAGAUCAGGUUGGUGGAAAAGAGGGCAGACAAACUUGUGUGAUUUACUCAAAGAUCCCAAAGUCUCAAUGUAAUGUAAUGGAUGGUGCCAGAGCCAUAUAUAUACACAGUACAUGGCUCUUGAUGGUGCCAUCCAGUGAGCAAGCUCACCUCUUGAUGGUGUCCUACUCUUUUCAUGUACAAAGUAUUGGAUAUGAAUGAGAUGGUCCAAAAUACCAUUGAUAAAUAGAAAUGGAAUGCUUUUUACCUCAUAACGGCAUGUUCCUGUGCUGUUGUGUUUAGAGCAAAUCCAGAGGGAAUAUCUUUGAGGAACAGAGUUGGGGCUACAUCGAGCAGGACGAGGGGAGAGAAGGUGCAGCCAAGGAAGAGCAGGAGGCCCUUAUGGAGCACUUGACCAGUCCACUGUCCCCAUGGCGACAUGAGGAGUCAUGGAGCCCCCAAGCCCUGACCCUGACAGAGCUGUCCGUGCGAACACCUGAACUUCUCCAUGGCAACUUCAUAUUCAGCCACUUCAACACCCUACGUAUUGUGGACAAGGGUGUGAGUAUAUUAGCUGUCUGAUACCCAAUGCUCACAAGCCUUAAUGCAUUUGUUGAGCAAUCCUUUGGCUCCAGUUUAUAUUACCAGCCUUUAUAUUCCUGUCCUACUGAAAUAAACAAUUCAUCCAACAUUUUAUUUUGUACAGUAAUCAGCAAUUAUAGUAAGACGUGCCAUCACUUUGAGCAGGACAGGAGCAAGGUUGAUUGCAUAUGAAAACCAUGUGUGAUGAAAGCAUUAUUUGAUAAGUCCCAGCAGUGUAGUCUCGCAUUUUCAGGAAAAGACCAGCUAUAUUGAGGAAGACCCUCCCCCAUAUUUUGAAUGUGAAUUCAUACUGUCAGUGAAUGGGUCUGUUUGUGUGCAUCAGGUCUCCAUCGUCGAUGAUGGCUUGCUCAGGUUCUCCAGUCUAAGAGAGUUAGUGCUGAGUGCCAACAAAAUGUCUGAACUGCAAGCAGAAUACCUGCCCUGCACUUUACAAGUGAGUCACACAACACAGGGAGAGGAGGGGCUGUGGCACAUCAACCCAUGUCUCAUUGAAUCCCACCACAGGGGCACUCAGAUAGAGCGCCAUUCGUCUGCACUGAACUGUAGUAGGAGGAGUGAUUAUGUGGAGUUAGGGUUGAGCCGGAGUGUGGACAUGAAGCUAGGGUGGGUUAGGGUUGAGCUGGGGUGUGGACAUGAAGCAAGGAUGAGUUAAGGUUAGGGUUAAGGUUGAGCCGGAGUGUGGACAUUAAGCUAGGGUGGGUUAGGGUUGAGCUGGGGUGUGGACAUGAAGCUAGGGUGGGUUAGGGUUGAGCUGGGGUGUGGACAUGAAGCAAGGAUGAGUUAAGGUUAGGGUUAAGGUUGAGCCGGAGUGUGGACAUGAAGCUAGGGUUGGGGCUUGAGUUAGGGUUAGGGUUAGGGUUGAGCCGGGGUGUGGACAUGAAGUUAGGGUAAGGAGUAGGGUUAGGGUCAGGGUUAGGGUUAUAGCUAGGGUUAGGGUUCAACUGCGGUGUGGACAUGAAGCUAGGGUUAUGGAUUGAUCAAAUUGAUUAGAAAAUUCACAGAUAUUGGUGUGAUGUAUCACUAAAAACAUUAAAACAAGUAGGCCUUAUUACUUUUUAUAUUAUUUAUGACAUUGUUAGGGUCACUUUUUCAAUCUUUUAGCUCAGAAGACAGCAAGCAGUAAGUUUAAAAUCAUUGGGAUGUUUGAACACUGAUGCAUAUAGUGAUAGUCUUUGAUAUCACUGCACAGUCCUUCAAAUAAAUGCAUUAUAUGCGUUUGUUUGAAAGGUGUUGGAGCUCUACGCCAACCAGGUUUCCAGCCUUAAAGGUCUAUGCAGCCAGCCUCUACCCUGCCUUCAGCACCUGGGUCUGGGCUGCAACAGGCAGGGUUCCCCCGCAGACAUCCAGUACCUCACUGGAACUCUAUGGUAAGUGCUCACACACAGGGCAAGUGACAAGCAGUACAAUUUCAAUACUCAUCUGCACUUGCUCACAAUCACCAACAGAUGACAACAGACUCUAGCAAUAAUAGGAAGGGACCAUUGGAAGGGACAUAAUUCAUUACAUUCCUUAGCAGUCAUUUGAAUAAUAAUAAUAACUUCAUUUGUAUAGUGCUUUUCAGUUCAAGUAACAAAGUUAUGCACAUCAUAAAAUAAUAAAAUAAAAGUACUAACAAAAUUAACCUUUGUGGGUGAAACAGAAGAUCUAAAAAAUACAUGUCUUAUUAGGGGCACAACAUAUCAUAGUUACUCAAAUACUAUUUUCAUAUAAAAUAUGAACAACUAGCUAUAAUGUAUAUUUAUUUCGUUGCUAUACCAUCUAUUCCCCAUAUGAGAAAAAUACUUUUUGUCUAACUUUUUUACCAUGGCUGUUCAGGUUGUUUGUGUGGUCAAUCAAACAUCAUUAUAACUGAUGAAAGGGCAGAUCCCAUACAUACAGAGGCAGUUCAACAGCUUCCUCUCACCAGUUGUCAGCUCAGCCCUUGCAUUCUGUCUCCCUCUUCAGGCCACGGCUGGUAUCUCUGGACCUGAGCUGGUCUGGCUUCCAGGGACAGCAGGCCCUAGUGGAUGCCCUGGCCACCCUGCCUUGCCUGAGGACCUUGGUGCUGGAGGGCAACCCCCUUACCUUCACCCCGUCCUACCCAGGCUUCAUCCUGGAUAGCCUACCGCGGCUGCUCUACCUGGGCGCCACACGGGUCACACCGGAUGAUCACCAUCGCUUUGGAGGCCUGGCCAAGAUGAGAGGUGAAGUUAUCAAUCACCACACUAUCACCAUUGUCUUACAUUAUAUAGUGUGACGACUACAUCUGCACUGAUCGGUUGUGUAGGAGUGACUCCACCUGACAUAAGAAUGCACUAAUCACACAAGAUAGUUGAUCUGAUUGUACAUCAUAUUCUCCAGGCAUGAAUCAGCACCCAAUACCUGUUCAAUGAUGUGGACACAUACUGUAUUUUCCUAUUGAAGGAGCCUGCCUUACAGUGAUUCUUGACAGAAUAUUCUGUUCAUUGAACCAGUUCUUCUCUUCCUGUUUAGCUCAGGCAUUUCCCAGCAGUUGCUUGUGUUCUCAUCACUGUGUUAUGUCUGUGCAUUUCAUUAUCAAUGAGAGCCAAGUUACCCAAGUACCCUAGCCAUAGAAUAGGGGUCAUCAACUAGAUUUAGCCGAUCACAUACAGUGCCUUCAGAAAGUAUUCAUACCCCUUGACUUAUUCCACAUUUUGUUGUGUUACAGCCUGAAUUCAAAAGAGAUUACAGCCUGAGAUUACACACAAUACCCCAUAAUGACAAAGUGAAAACAUGUUUUUAGACAUUUUAGAAAAUGUAUUGAAAAUUAAAUACAUAAAUAUCUAAUUUAUAUAGGUAUUCACACCCCUGAGUCAAUAUAUGUUAGUCAAUACAUGUUAGAAUCACCUUUGGCAGCAAUUACAGCUGUUAGUCUUCUUGGGUAAAUCCCGAAGAGAUUUGAACAACUGGAUUGAACAAUAUUCACACAUUAUUCUUAAAAAAAUUAUUCAAGCUCUGUCAAGUUGGUUGUUGAUCAUUGCUAGACAGCCAUUUUCAAGUCUUGCCAUAGAUUUUCAAGCCGAUUUAAGUCAAAACUGUAGCUGGGACACUCAGGAACAUUCAAUAUCAUCUUGAUAAGCAACUCCAGUGUAUAUUUGGCCUUGUGAUUUAGGUUAUUGUCCUGCUGAAAUGUGUAUUUGUCUCCCAGUGUCUGUUGGAAAGCAGACUGAACAAGGUUUUCCUCUAGGAUUUUGCCUGUGCUUAGCUCUAUUCUGUUUUUUUUUAUCCUAAAAAACUCCCUUGUCCUUGCCGAUGACAAGCAUACCCAUAACAUGAUGCAGCCACCACCGUGCCUGAAAAUAUGAAGAGUGGUACUCAGUGAUGUGUUGUGUUGGAUUUGCCCUAGGACAUAAAGUGAAUUUCUUUGGCAAUUUUUUUGCAGUUUUACCUUUGUGCCUUAUUGCAAACAGGAUUCAUGUUUUGGAAUAUUUUUAUUCUGUACAGGCUUCCUUCUUUUCACUCUGUCAUUUUGGUUAGUAUUGUGGAGUAACUCAAAUGUUGUUAAUCCAUUCUCAGUUUUCUCAUAUCACACCCAUUAAAAUCGGUAACUGCUUUAAAGUCACCAUUGGCCUCAUGGUGAAAUCCUUGGACGGUUUCCUUCUUCUCCGGCAACUGAGUUAGGAAGGACGCCUGUAUCUUUGUACAACGUGUAAUUAAUAACUUCACCAUGCUCAAACGGUUAUUCAAUGUCUGCUUUUACAUUUUUUUACCAUCUACCAAUAGGUGCCCUUCUUUGCGAGGUAUUGCAAAACCCCCCUGGUUUUUGUUGAUGAAUCUGUGUUUGAAAUUCACUGCUUGACUGAGGGACCUUACAGAUAACUGUAUGUGUGGAGUACAGAGAUGAGGUAGUCCAUCAAAAAUCAUGUUAAACACUAUUAUUGCACACAUAGUGAGUCCAUGCAACUUAUUAUGUGACUUGUUAAGCACAUUUUUACUCUUAAACCUAUUUAGACUUGCCAUAACAAAGGGGUUGAAUACUUAUUGACUCAAGACAUUUCAGCUUUGUAAAAACAUAAUUCCACUUUGACAUUAUGGGAUAUUGUGUGUAAGCUAGUGACAUAAAAUCUCAAUUUAAUCCAUUUUAAAUUCAAGCUGUUAACACAACAAAAUGUGGAAAAAGUCAAGGGGUGUGAAUACUUUCUGAAGGCACUGUAUAUCAUUAUGCAUGUGGGAAUACUUUGGACCAAAUUGAAAUCACUUGGAGCUGAUUUGCUGGUGUUUUUUGUCCAACAAGUAAAAUAAUAGAACUUGGGGGGCCAAAUAAAAUCACCUUGGGAAAAUGUUUCAGCCUGCUUUUGAAGAGUAAGAAGAGUAAGAUAGUUAUGUUCCAUCCACAGACCGGAUAGUGGACCAGGCCAUGGCAACAGUGACAGUGCGUAGGAUCAGGGGUGUCCCGGACCCACUGCUGACUGUGGAUGAGAGUUCACCUGAGUUCCCUGUGGUCAGCUACAGCUACUUUGUCAACUAUGAGUUCCUCCGCCAACCACCCUCUGGCAACAAGGCAUGAUAUCCGAUUUUUCUCUUUAGUCAUUCAUCUUAAUUGAUUGUUAUAUGACAAUCUAGUUGUUGAUUGGUCACAGCAGGCUGGCAGUGACACUGCAUCCACAUCUGAUCCAAUGGCACCCAUAGCGGAGAAGACGGAUGGGGGCAUCGUUGGUAUCUAUCAGACACCAAAAGAGAAC